UGAUGGAAACAGAUAAGUAAAAGCUCAAGUCCUCAAAGAAGAACCAGAAGACAGGAUCCGAAGCCGAAUGAAGCUCUUGCCCCGUCAGUGUUUCGUUUUAAGGUGGGUAGUACUAUCACAAGGGUAGUGCGCAAUACCAUUACGCAUAACAAAAGGAAGUCCAUCGAAGCACGAGUUAAUUUGUCUGUAAUGAGAGCAGCGUAAAUCGCAGUUUAUUUCGGAUUUUGUCUUGCGCGCGUGAAGAAUGACGGCUGAAGUGCAGCAGCCCUCCGUGCAGACUCCUGCCCACAGCAGCCCCAUGUCGGAGAAACCCCACGGACAGACGCCUGUGAUGGAAACCUCGUCUUCCUCCACCAACGCCAAAACCAAAAAGACGAAUGCUGGAAUUCGCCGCCCGGAAAAGCCUCCGUACUCCUAUAUUGCGCUCAUUGUAAUGGCCAUCCAGAGCUCUCCAACUAAACGACUGACGCUAAGCGAAAUUUACCAGUUUCUUCAGAGCCGCUUCCCGUUUUUCCGAGGUUCGUAUCAAGGUUGGAAAAACUCCGUACGUCACAAUUUGUCUCUAAACGAGUGCUUCAUUAAGUUACCGAAGGGUUUGGGCAGACCUGGAAAGGGUCACUACUGGACCAUCGACCCAGCCAGUGAGUUUAUGUUUGAGGAGGGAUCUUUCCGCAGGAGGCCGCGGGGAUUCAGGCGCAAAUGUCAGGCGCUCAAACCCUCCAUGUACAGCAUGAUGAACGGGCUGGGAUUUAAUCACAUACCCGAGUCCUACAACUUUCAGGGGGGCGGCGCAGGCCUGUCUUGUCCUCCAAACAGUUUAUCUUUGGAGAGUGGAAUUGGAAUGAUGAAUGGACAUUUGGCCAGCAAUAUGGAAGGAAUGGGCUUGGCAGGACACUCCAUGUCACAUCUGUCAACGAACAGUGGACAUUCCUACAUGGGGAGUUGCACAGGAUCCUCGGGGAGCGAGUACCCCCACCACGACAGCUCUGCAUCGCCGCUUCUCGCCAGCGGGGGAGUUAUGGAGCCCCAUCCCGUGUACUCCAGCACGGCCUCGACCUGGCCACCGACGCCCUCCACCUCUCUUAACAACGGCGGGUCUUAUAUUAAACAGCAGCCGCUCUCCCCGUGCAACCCCGGUGGAAACCCACUGCAACCCAGUUUACCUACUCACUCAUUGGAACAGUCUUACCUGCACCACAACGGCCAUGGUACCACCGACCUUCAAGGUAUUCAGCGCUAUCAUUCCCAGUCUCCGAGCAUGUGUGACAGAAAGGAGUUUGUCUUCUCUUUUAACGCCAUGACCUCUUCAGCGAUGCAUUCACCAGGGAGCAGCGCGUAUUACCACCAUCAGCAGGUCUCCUAUCAGGAUAUCAAACCCUGCGUGAUGUGACAGCAUUCUAACAUGCAGUACUCUGCUCAAGCACGCUCUUACAAUGAGCAAUAACAAAACCGUGGAGUGCUCUGUACAUGGGCUCCUGUGGAAAGGGACUUGGAUUUAAAAAAAAUGCUGUAAAUUACUAUUCAAAAGCUGACAAUGGAAGAAUUAUUUUAAAAAAUGACAAACAUAAAGGAGCACUCCAAGGAGGCCGGCUAGGUACUUCCAGAAAAGGCUAGGUGGAAAAACUACAGCCUCAAAUCUCUGCGAUGAGAAGAUCAAGGCCAGAGCAUCUGAUUUCCAACAGCUCGGUACUAAACUCUACUGGCGGAUGACCACCGCUCUCUGAGAUGCGAAGACGAGUUUAUUCAUGAUGAGAUGUUCAUGCAUUGUUGUUCACAAGGAGUUUUUUAAUAAAACAUUUCAUUUCACUAUAAGUUGGUGAAUACCAAAGUAAAAACGGGAAAUGAAGGCACUUUUAAACCCUAAUGCGCAACUUAUUUAUUCUGUUGUCUAAUUGUUAUCUUUUAGGCUACAGUUACAGCCACAGUAUUGAUCGCAUUAUUGGCAAUAUUUGCCCAAUGUAACAUGAAGAUUUAUUAUAAGCACUGCUAGUUAUUUUGAUUGUGUUUACUUAGUUGUACAUAUCCAUAUUGACACGUCUUAUUCAUCAAGCACUGUAUAAACUGUAUAUGGGUAGGAAAUAUCUUAUAGUAGUUUUUUUUCUGUUCCAAUGGCUUUAAAUAUUAUGUAACACGUUUACGAAAAUUAAAAAGUAACAUGGCAUUGAGUUUGCAAAAGUUUUUCAAACAUUAUUUUCUAAAGAAGACGGGUGUUUGUGGAUUUGAUCAUUAGAUUACACAUAGUUUUCUCUUUUAAUCAUUUAAAGCGUUAUUCGGCAAACCAUUACCUAAACAAACGUGACCACGAUUUAACAGAACGAAGAAUAACAAAUAAAUAAAGAAACGAAAUUAUAGUUAACAUUGGUCAGUUAUAAGAAGCAUUUACUGUAAAUGCAAAAUUGUGAAAAGCGCUUUAGAAUUAAGUUUCGAAUGAAAUUGAAUUUAAUAAGGAUUUUCUUAUUAUUAUUAUUGCCUUGCAUUCGUUGUCAUUAAUAUUUCGGUCUCCUGCAGAGACUUCACAUAUAAGACGCUUUCUUUUUAUUGUCAGCCGCAGUGUAAACUGUUAGAACAAUGUUUGCAUAUAUUAUAAAAAAAAUAAACACUACCGCACCUUACACAAAUGAAAUAUCACGAGAACAUUGAUUUCAGGCAUUCCAGCUGCUCAUAUUUAAUGUGUAAGCGGCCAAGAUGUGAUUGGAGACUGAUCAAAAGAAUCCUUCAAGAGAGAACAAAUGGUGCUAAAGAGUGACUGCAGUGAUGUUCUGACUAACAUUCCGUAUUAGAAAUUUCGUGAUUAGAUGUGCACAAAAGAAAGAUAUUAAAGCUGAAGAAUCACUUAUAUUUUUAUAUACUAUAUUAAUGUGACAAAUAUAUUAGGUCAAACUGUAGUAAAUAUAAUCACAUAUAAGGAAUAAUACUGACGUGUUUAUGUUUGUAUGUGAAACUAUAUUGCCGAGAAAAUGUGUAAAAGCUUUAAAUAUACCACCUGUAUGAUUCUGUAAUGAAAAAAAAAACGGGUCGUAUUCUACACGUUUAUUGAUUUAACGGAAAUAACAGAAAAUUGUUUCGAUUGGGGUAUUUAUUCUGAUUUAUUGUACAAAGGUUUUGCUACAUAAAAUGUAAUUACACUGGGGAACUAGUAGACUCUAAGAGUUGUUAUUUUUACAACAAUAUAUAUCGGAUAAAAAAAAUGUUUGAAUCAUAACUAUUUACUCAAUCAAGUAGGUUCAGCUAUAUUGGGCUUAAAUUAGAAAACAUAUGGUCAAAAUACGUAUUGGCCGAGCAUCCUCAAGGAUCCGCAGUGCCGUGACCAUGAACCGAACUCAAUCCGACUCUCACUUGCAUAUUCAAAGGACCAGUAAGCUCAGGGGCCACACAUAAACACACAAUGGAGCCUAUAGCAAAAUAAUGUUGACCCACACCUUUAAGCUCAGCCAAAAAUCGCAGUUACUUAAAAAGCUACUGGCGGACACAUCAUAUCUUCCAAAAUAUUCUCAAAGCUGCUCUAUUCUAAAACCUAUAGAAGCGGUCUAAAGACGGUCGAAUAACCAUUUUGUCUGAAUUGUUCCAUAAGGAACCUUUAACGUCUUAAGAAACUUUCUCUUUCACAAAAGGUUAUUAAAAAUUAGAGAAAGAAAUGGUUCUUCUAAAAAUCUUUGACUGAAGGGUUCUCUGAUUAACAACAACAACAAAUGCUCACAUAUGACAUCGCUGUAGAGAACGUCAAAGCAACGUUCUGUUACUGUUUAUAUUUCAAAACAAUUUAACAAUUUAAUAAACAUUCAUGUCGGUAAA